UAUCCGCAUGCGGUGAUAGAUGGCGCCAUGCCGCCUCGGUCAAUAUUAUUCCAAUGUAUAUUUGAUAACCUAUUGAACUCCCAUAAUAUUUUUAUCCAAACCUAUCAGUGUGUGCUUAAAUUUAGCAGCAUAAUGACGCAUCUGACGCAUCUGUUACUUUUGAUCGGCGGUUCCCUGGCCGUCCUGACGCCCCAACCCUCCUCUGGCGAGUACCAUUUGUUGUCCGACGAAGCGAUACGGAAUAUCAACAAUAUGCAAUCGACGUGGAAAGCGGGUCGUAACUUUCACGAAGCGACGCCGACGCGCUACAUCAAACGCCUGAUGGGCGUCUUGCCGGAUAAUUACAGGCACCGUCUGCCGGUCCUGGUGCCCGAGUACAACUUGGAGGAGAUCGAGGUGCCGGACGAGUUCGACUCGCGUCAGCAAUGGCCGGACUGUCCGACGAUAAGGGAGAUUAGAGAUCAGGGGUCGUGCGGGUCGUGUUGGGCGUUUGGGGCCGUUGAGGCGAUGUCGGAUAGGGUCUGCAUUCACUCCGAGGGUAAGGUCAACUUCCAUUUUUCGUCGGAGGAUUUGGUGUCUUGCUGUUACACCUGUGGUAUGGGGUGUAAUGGUGGGUAUCCCGGGUCGGCUUGGAGUUACUGGGUGCGCCAUGGAAUUGUGUCUGGCGGCCAGUUUGGUACCGAAGAGGGUUGCAAACCUUAUGAAAUAGCCCCUUGCGAACAUCACGUGAACGGAUCGCGCCUACCGUGUACUGGCGAAGGUCCCACUCCUCCUUGCAAGGAGGAAUGUCGGAAAGGGUACCCCAUUCCGUACAAAAAAGAUCGCCUCCACGGCAAAAAGUCUUACUCGGUCGCGGGAGAUGUUAAAUCAAUUCAGGCUGAGAUUAUGAAAAAUGGCCCAGUAGAGGGCGCUUUCUCCGUUUAUGCGGAUUUCGUAAACUACAAAAGCGGUGUCUAUAAGCACGUGACCGGGGAGGAACUAGGAGGUCACGCCAUUAGAAUACUCGGCUGGGGCGUUGAAAACGGCAUGCCUUACUGGUUGGUUGCCAACUCCUGGAAUUCUGACUGGGGCGACAAGGGAUACUUCAAGAUAUUGCGCGGAGAGGACCAUUGCGGAAUUGAGGGUUCCAUUACGGCCGGUCUGCCAGCUUAAUCAUUUACAAUAAUUAACACUAGGGAGUUAGUAGUAGAUAGUUACUUUUUUAAGAUUCACUCAAUAAAGAUUUUUGGAGAUACA